GAUCUCGACUCCGAUCGCAGAGGUUAACUUGCACAGCCACGCCCACACGCAUGUACACGCCCCCAUUUCCUCGUCGUCAGGGGAGACCCUGGAAUUUGGGUGCAAGAAGGAGGACCAGGACAGCAGACUUGCUCUCUCUACGUCCAGAUGAGGAAUGGCUUUGUGCGCUCUCAGAAGGCUCGCUAGGGCCAGCGGAACGUCUGUCAGAUUUCAACGACGAUGCCUAGUAACAGGUACUGCGGUGAGGCAGGUGGCAGGUCAGGAAGAGGGAGUGGUCAUCAUGGAGGUGAGAGAUGCACUCAACACUGCUAUGGACGAGGAACUGGCCAAUGAUGACAGGGUCUUUCUCAUUGGGGAGGAGGUGGCCGAAUAUGACGGAGCUUACAAGAUAACGAGGGGUCUCUGGAAGAAGUGGGGUGACAAGCGAGUCGUUGACACACCAAUCACAGAGAUGGGCAUCGCUGGAGUAGCGGUGGGAGCUGCCAUGUCAGGACUGAGGCCAAUCUGUGAGUUUAUGACGUUCAACUUUGCCAUGCAAGCCAUCGACCAGAUCAUCAACUCUGCUGCCAAGACUUACUACAUGUCAGCAGGAGAGGUGCCAGUCCCCAUAGUGUUCAGAGGUCCCAAUGGAGCAUCGGCCGGAGUGGCAGCCCAGCACUCUCAGGACUACAGCUCCUGGUACAGCCACUGCCCUGGACUCAAGGUCCUCGCACCUUACUCCAGCGAAGACGCCAAAGGACUGCUGAAGGCGGCAGUGAGAGACCCAAACCCUGUGGUGUUCCUGGAGAAUGAGAUAAUGUACGGUGCCAAGUUCCCCAUGUCUCCCGAGGCCAUGUCCCCCGACUUUGUCCUCCCCAUUGGACAGGCCAAGAUUGAGAGAGCUGGUGAUCACCUCACAAUCGUCACCUUCUCUCGUAUGGUGGGUGUGGCUCUGGAGGCGGCGACAGAGUUGGAAGGUCGUGGGGUCAGCUGUGAGGUCAUCAACCUCCGAUCCCUGCGGCCCCUGGACCGCCACACCAUUCUGGAGAGUGUGAAGAAGACUCAUUACGUCAUGAGUGUGGAGGCAGGCUGGCCUCAGUGUGGAGUUGGCUCUGAGGUCGCCGCAUGCAUCAUGGAGAGCGAGGCAUUUGACUACCUGGACGGACCUCUAUUGAGGGUGACUGGAGCAGAUGUCCCCAUGCCUUAUGCCCACAAUCUGGAGCAGCUCGCCAUUCCUCAGGCCAGCAACAUCGUAGACUCUGCCGCACGACUGCUUCGUCUAUAGCCACAGCUCACACCUUCACUCAGACUCAAUAUUGUUUAUCCUCUUAAUGUGUAUAAUAUAAUAGUGUAUUAAAAUGUAGUCUCAUUAAUGAUCUGUACGUUAGUGUGUAAGUGCUGUCACGGAUAUAGCUUCGUGGAUUUAGUCAUUCAUAACAUCUUAUGGAUAGUUUUCAGCAGUUCGCACAGAGAAGACAUCAGAUUAUAAUAGAACGCAGCUUUGCCUGAGUAAAGGCUCUGUCGUGAAUAGAGAACAGCCGAAACACACACAAACACAGUUUGUUCUGAUGAAAUCAUAGCUCUGGAGGGGAGAGCUGGUCUAAUUGCCAGGGGCUGUCCCAUUUUCGGGCUGGGGGUCAAUGAAUGAAGAUUCCUCCGCAAGAGGGUGGAUAGAGGAAGAUGGGGGGGAGCUAACUGAAGCCUUGCUGGAGUGGAGGAGGAAGGUGUCACCUCUGUGGGACAGACCCAUGGCACCUGUCACCACAGGCACAGCUACAUGUCAUUAUACCAGACUCAUGUAAACAUUGGACAGGGCGCUCUUAUAGUACUUACUUCCCUCCUUGUUCAUUGUUG